CCCGCAGAUGCUCUCUCCCAUGUGGUUGCGCCUUCGGCGCUGAUUGUUUGUGCUCUGUCGCUAUUGCUUGGAAUAUGAUUUCACGCUGUCUUCAUGGAUACAUCGUACCGGUAUCUUGUAUGUGUUAACUUUAUGUGCCUUUUCAACUUAUCAGAUCCCCUCUGCAAGCGCGUUGCAUCCAGAUAUCCGACAUGGAAAAGUUCCUGAGGGAAUGGAGACAGGAUGCCUUGAACAAGCACCAAUAUGAGUCUGCUAUCUUCAUCGGAGAUAAGUUGUUAGCUCUCACAAACAAUGACAAAGAUGCCUUCUGGCUUGCACAAGUACAUUUUUCGACCGGCAACUACUCAAGAGCCUUAAGUUUUCUUGCCAAAAACGACCUGAUCAAGAGCAAUUCCUCAUGUCGAUACCUCGCUGCACACUGCUUGAUCAAGCAAUCGAAGUUCGAGGAAGCCUUGGUGGUUCUUGGGGACAAAAACCCCGUCCACCUCAUAUCCGCCCCUGGCAGCGCAAGAAGAAAACGCCAGCAUAUCGAUGCCUUGGUACAUGGCAAAUUGCGAAAUGGGAAAGGGGCGGUCCGAUCGGACCGUAUAGACCGGAGCGAUGAGCGGGACCACGAGGAUUCGUCGAACAUCAAGUUCGAGGCCGCAAUGUGCUAUCUUCGAGGGGUCUGCUACGCGAAGCAGAAUGCUUUCGACCGGGCAAAGGAAUGCUAUAAAGAUGCCGUGCAGAUCGACGUGCAAUGCUUCGAAGCAUUCGAUCAGCUUAUGAAGAAUUCGCUUAUGUCCCCGGAAGAGGAAUGGAAAUUCUUAGAGUCCCUCGACUUCGACUCCAUCACGGUCAACGACAGCUCAUCCUCAGCACAGGAAGCCGCUGAAUUCACGAAAAUGCUAUAUAUGACCCGGUUAUCCAAAUACGAGCACCCCGAAAACUUCACCCUCGCCACCGAAACACUCUCGACACAUUACAAACUAUCGGAUAACCCUGACAUCCUCCUCGCCAAAGCCGACCUCCUCUUCACCCAAUGUCGUUUCCGCGACUCCUUGACCCUGACCGAAGCGAUCCUCUCCAACGAUCGUUACAACUUCGCAGCAUUACCUGUACACCUCGCCUGUCUACACGAACUCAACGAGAAGAAUGCAUUGUUCUUAAUAUCCCACGACCUCGCCGACAACCAUCCGGAAGAGCCCGCCUCCUGGCUAGCCAUCGGCGUCUACUAUCUCACCAUCCGCCGUGUGGCCGAAGCGCGGCGGUUCUUCAGCAAGUCCAGCAUGAUGGAUCCGCAUUUCGGGCCGGCCUGGAUCGGAUUUGCGCACACCUUCGCUGCAGAAGGGGAGCACGAUCAAGCGAUUUCCGCCUACUCCACCGCGGCCCGGCUCUUCCAAGGCACACAUCUCCCCCCUCUCUUCCUCGGCAUGCAGAAUCUCCAACUCAACAACCUCGCCCUCGCCCACGAGUACCUCAACUCCGCAUACGGCCUCUGCCGCACCGACCCCCUCCUCCUCAACGAGCUCGGCGUCGUCUUCUACCACGAAGAUCACCUCGAAGACGCUAUCAAAGUCUUCGUGCAAGCCCUCCGCGUCGCCUCCGACAUCCACUCCGAGCCGCGCGCCUGGAUCGCCACCCGCGCGAACCUGGGGCACGCACUCCGACGGGCGGGUCGGUUGCCUGAAGCGCUCGAGCAAUUCGACGAGGUGCUCCGUCAGGGGGGGAAGGAGGAGGGGGCGCCGAUCUUCACGGCGAAGGGGCUCGUGUUGAUGGAGAUGGAGCGGGCGUGGGAUGCGGUGGUGGUGCUGCACGAGGCGCUGGCGGUCAGUCCUCAGGACCCGAUUGCGGGGGAUCUGCUGAAGCGGGCGCUGGAGUUGAAUGGGGAAGAGGGGAUUAUGGAGGAGAGCGAGGAGGAGGAAUUCGAUCGGAAGAUGGAGGGGAAUCGGCGGGGGGCGAGAGUGGGGAGGAAGGGGCGGGCGAAGAUGAAGGAGGUGGUGGUGGAGGAUAUGGACGGGAGCUUGAUGAUGGAUGCGGACUUGAGCGAUGAGUGAUGAAGAGGUUCAUACGGUGAAGUUUCGGGACAUGGGUCAGCUUAUUGUAGUGUUUACAUGUUGGUUGAUUAACAUGGGAGGGAAUAGACCGUAUACACCUGUGCAUAGCAGGCCCUGCUUGUGGAUUAAAACAGUUCAAUUAGCGAUUGGAUCUCAUACUGUUACGAAUAGCACACAAUGACAGUCAAGUUUAUUUCCAG